GAAAGCCUCUUUUGAGUCCUUCAUGAAGCAAGUUACGGGCAUCGGGGAUCCCUCCGGUGAAUUCUUGAUGCCUGAUGGCACAACUGCAGAGAUGGGGAAGGUUCCCGGCGUGCCUGACAUUCGUGCGCACAUGCAGAAACGCAUCGACAAAGCGAAGCAGUUGGACCAGGUUCUUGAGAUGUAUCGAACGCAGCAAGCGGCACAAGAACAAGAAGCGGAGGUCCCAAUGCCAGAGCCAAAGAAGAUCUCUGAAGUUCUGGGUGUUUCGAUGGACAAAGCCGAGAUGUUGAAGGAUGACAGGGAUGCCCUACUGAAGCAAUUGGCUGUGAGAAUCAAUGACUUGAAUGAGGAGGAGGACGAUGAAGAAGAUUUUCCGCCGUCUCUAGAAGGGUUUGAUGGCUUCGGCGGAGGACUGGAUGGCUCAAUGGAUGGCUUGGGAAUGGAUGGGCCUGGUGGCCCUGGGUUGGGUGGCCUGAAGGACUGGACCAAGUGGUUGCACUGCGUUCCCAUCGUGGCUGGAAACUGUCGAGGAGAAGUCAUUGAAUGGAAUGACAAGGUCACCAACUUCGAGUUUGAACUUGCCAAAAAUGGUGCUGAACAGCGCGAACGACGAAUCCUGGCCACUGCAACACCUCGACGGGACCACCGUGGGGAGGUCGUCGGUGUUUUCUGCGUGGGCCAGGACAUCACUGAGUUACGUGAUGCUCUUGCUGAACAGACAGGUUUGGCGGAGGAUUUGUCGUACGUCUUUAUUUGUGGGGUAUGUACCAAUGGCCUCGUGAGAUGCUCAAUGCUCAUUUAGAAUUUAGAAUCAUCUGGUGUGGCUGGGACGGUUUUCAAGGGUGUGGCAGUGUGGCCCCAGUGCGAGUUCCUUUUCCUACUAUGGUAUUGGCAAGGCAAUAUGAACCGAGGCGGCCUUAAUGGCGACUUUGAGUUUUCACCAUUCUGUCAGUUCUCAGUUUCACUAGCAACUAGCAAGCUCUCUUUUUUGCAAGCGCAUGCCUGUGCAAAGACCUCCCUGGCAGUAAUCCUUUGUAAGCUUGUGGUCGCAACCCAAGUUCCAUUCACGAGACUGCCC